AUGCAUGAGAGUCUCCACCUCUUCAACAGCAUCUGUAACCACAGCAACUUUGCCACCACAUCAGUUGUACUCUUCGUCAUCAAGAAGGAUGUCUUCGUGGAGAAGAUUAAGAAAGCUCAUCUGAGAAUGUGCUUCCCCGGCUAUGAUGGUCCCAAUACCUACGAGGAUGCUGGUAACUACAUUAAGAUGCAGUUCUUAGAUCUGAAUUUGCGAUGUGACAUUAAAGAAAUCUACUCCCACAUGACCUGUGCCACAGACACAGAGAACAUCAAGUUUGUGUUUGAUGCCGUAACAGACAUUAUCAUCAAAGAAAAUCUCAAGGACUGCAGUCUCUUUUAA